AUUAUUUAUUCAUGUCGACGCCGUAAGCUGAGUUUUACACGGUUUAGCUAGCUUCUUAGAUUCAUCUCUAAUCUUCAUAAACUAUUUUUUGGAAAUUUCGACUGUGCUCGUCUCCAGGUAUGUUCAGAGCAAUCGUAUAAGUAAAGCGUUUUGUUGAGGUAAAACUUUCACGUGAAUAAGACAUUGAAUACAAUUCACUCUAGCCAGUUCGGUCGCUGUCACUAACACUAAUUCGGAUUAUCCCUAUACCCAACAGGUGAAUCUGAACAGAUCUUGCCUACCACUGGAAGUGUGAGCUGAAUGACCAUACAAGGUCAGUGACCAUUCCUUGACCACACCUUGACCACACCUUGACCGCACCCGUCAGCAGUUAUCAUGCACCUCCUAGCCUACCCAAAUAAUAAUUCUCCAGCUCAAAACAACGGGAUUUCCGAAUCGGAACACAGCCAAGCCAGUGAAGGAUACAACGAUACCUAUCGAGUUUCCUCACAGGUGAAAAUUGAACCAACUAUUCUGGAUAGUUCAUCUCCCGACUCCGUGCAUCAGCAUCAUCAACAUAACCUUCACGUGCAACAAUCCCACAUGCACCAGACCAGCAUGGCUAGUAUGGCCUCCAUGCCCUACAGCCAGCCUUCCAUGGCCAACAAAGCCCCUCCAUAUACAGUCAACGGCAUCAGUCUGACCGGACCCAACAUGGAACUCGUGCACCCCGCUAUGGGAUAUCCAUCAGCCAACAACCGAAAGCAACGGAGAGAAAGGACCACAUUUACACGAGCACAGCUGGACAUUCUCGAAGCCCUGUUCAUGAAAACACGCUACCCAGAUAUUUUCAUGAGAGAAGAGGUCGCCCUGAAAAUCAACCUUCCAGAGUCCCGCGUACAGGUUUGGUUCAAGAACAGGAGAGCAAAAUGUCGCCAGCAGCAGAAAACACAAGAAGGCAAGCCAAAACCUUCCACACCCAAGAAAUCCAAGUCACCUCCUCCUCCAGCGUCGUCACCGGUUUACGGAAAACCUCCUGUUGUCAGCAGCCCGGUCUCAAAUGGCUCCAUGAACACCGGAUCCUCCAUCUGGAGUCCCGCCUCCAUUCCUCCAGUCAAUGACAUCAUGAACGGAAACAGUUGUAUGCAAAGGGGAGGCUACCCCAUGAGUAAUUCUCAGACCGCAGCCUACCCUCACCAGAACUACGGCCAUUCCUCAUAUUACCACGGUAGCAUGGAUUACCUGAAUCAUAUGCAGCUUCCAGUCAUGUCCAACCAAAUGAGUAACACAAUGUCCGGUAUAUCGAAUACACAUGCGCAGCAGGUAUCUUCAUACGGAACACUUCCGGGUCCCCAGACCUUAGUUCGCGGUAACCAUAACGACUGCCUGGAAUACAAGGACACGUCAUCAUGGCCGAAAUUCCAAGUAUUGUGAACAGAAGAGCUAUAUUAAUCUAUUUAUUUAAGUGAACUCCCAAAAUGGAGUAUCCUGCCCACAACCAGUGCCCAGGUCCUGUGCCAAGUCUCGAGUAUAGCAACAAAUGGAUUUUCCAAGCAGAGCUUGUCGUCUUUUUAAAAAAGACAAAUACCGGAUGGAGUGUCUGCAAUGACGACCAGACGAGCAUGACUAAUAGCUGGAAACUGUUUGUGUGUUAGGUGCAUCAGAAAGAUCCACACACCAUUUUAUGGUCAGUGUGACUCCGGACACUGUCCAGAACUUGUCUUGCCAAGUGCUUUCUGGAAACUGUGACGUCACAAAAGCAGGACAUUAUGUUUACCGUAUAUGGUAAUGUCGUCGACGACAAUCGCAUGAUAAAGAAUAGAAUGUGACGAAUUUGUACAGAGAUAAAAUUAUAAUAUUGUACAAACAGAUUGUGACUAUACGUGGUAUGUUAACCUUCAAUCACAGACAACCUUGUGAGCCAGUCUCACGAGACACGUACAACUCUCGCGAGAUUCUCAAAAUUUAAAAAUACUCAUAUAAUACAGGCCGUAGUUUCGUAUUUACAACGAACUUUGAUUUUAUCAUAGAUGGAGAUUGAUUGUUCAAGCCCAUUUUAAGAUUAAAAACAAAAUUUCAACCAUUUUACAUUCCUUAUAAAUCUCAUAGUUAAUUCUAGCAUAAUGAAGUGAGAGAGUUUAUACCAUAUCACGUGAUGUUUUGAUGUGUUCGUGACGUAAUGAGAGCGUGCUGAUAUCUGUAAACAAUUGUGUAUUUGACGAGAGAAUGUUGUUUAUGGUGAGUUGGAACAUGCUUUUGUGUUCUAAUAAAUAUGUUGUUUUGUAAAUCCAA